AUGAUGAGGCCGCAAGAAAGUUCCUUCACGCCCCCAUACGGGCGGAAGCAUGAGUUGUACCAACGAUUGGGGGCACGGGUGAAAGCCCUUGUGGAGGCACCCUGCCGAAGUCUCACACCUCACUUUAAUAUGAUGAUUCUUUUGAGCAACGUAGCCGCCUUGCUUUUCUAUGAACUUAAUCAGCAUUUAAACCCAUCUGCGAUGCUGCAGGAGCUUCUGGUGAAUUGGCUAGGUUUCUACCUGCUUCAAACACCGCAGCUGCUUGCAUUGGGCCCAUUUCAGGGACGCCCAGCGUGCAUGGAAAUUAAAGUGGGACACGGUGUGUGUGGCAAAGCAGCACAGACGGGCGAGCUGCUGAUCGUGCCUGACGUGCAUGUCUUUUCAGGACAUUUACCUGUUGACUCUCUUUCGAAGUCGGAGAUUGCCGUCCCGAUCAAAAGUGCCGCUGGACAUGUGGUAGGUGUUAUUAAUGUAGCUAGUACACAGCAAGACAUUUUUGACGACGUGGACGCUGAGGGUCUGAAGAACAUCGCAGCGAUCCUAUCUCUGCAUGUAGACUUUCCCAUGACUCGCACUUUGGCGAAGAAUCCACUUCUGGCAGAUGCGGCAUCUCUCCAGGCAACCACCGUGGCCUCACCUCUUUUGUCAGGGAAGGAUGGCGACAAAGUAGGACCGCAUGUGGAAGAAGAUGCUGAACCAACAAAACAAGCAGCGUCACUGCACUCUUUGGCCACGAGAAUGGCUGCGGCUUUUAUUACCUCCGCACCACAUACACCACCCGCAUCGCCUGCGACCACGUUUACAAUGAUGGAAGAGAGGACUGGUGUGCAGAAUCUUCCACAGCGGUUCUCGUGCCGUGUUGGUGGAUGGGAGUUUUCUGUGACGGAGUUUUCCCGCAUCUUGACACAGGAGGAGGUUCGGCAUUACGAGAAGGCGCUUGGCAUUGGCGCCAUUCCAGAAAUUCCACUUGCUUUCAACACACUUCGCAUUGCUCCCGCAGAGAGGAUGGAUGCUCCUUUUGUGACGUUUUCGUUGCUGGAGGUGUUGCGCUCGGCGGCGUCCUUCUACCGCACCGACGCCUACAGCCAGUCGACUCUGCCACAGCUGAAGAUUCCUGUCGCUGACUCGUGGAAGCAUACAAAGUACGCCACCGUAGACGCAAAAGUUGACUGGGCGUGGCGGAACAACUACUUUGGUGUGGAUGAAUGGCGCUGCGCACUGAAGCCGCUUGAACCCUCCAUGCCUGGAGUGAACUGGGGGCUACUGAAAGACAAGACACUACCCAUUCUCUUCUUUCACAACUUUGACAUAUUGGAGGAUGACGUUCAUGAUCACGGUGUCGUGACAAGUUCCGUGCGCAUUCGUGUUAUGCCGACGGCGUUUUUUAUCCUCUUUCGUCACUUUGUCCGCGUUGACGGGUACCGUGUGUGGAUACGGGAGGUGCGGCUUUUUCAUGAGUUUGCCGUGAAGCGUCCCGAUCAGCAGCCGCAUGUCGUUGUUCGCGAGGAGGUGCGCAUGCUUGAUCUUGAUGACCGCGAAAAGUAUCGUCAUUACUCCCCCGACGACUACGCGCUUGAGGCCACCGUUGUCGAGGCGCAUGAUUUCUAUGCGAGUAUUGAGGACCCUACGUACAGUGACUGGUGGCCGAGCAUAGGCGUCUCUUGA